AUGGCUCCGAUGAAAAAUUACAAGAGCAAUGAUUCCAGAGAAUAUCUAGAUGAAUUCAAAGAGUACUCAUCAAGCUGCACUACGGCCUCCUCGUGUGAGGAGGGUAAUAUCAAAACUCUCGCAGAUGAUCAUAAACUACCUCGCAUUGAUGGUGGCCUCCAGGCGUGGUUAUUUCUCAUAGCUUCUGCGAUGCUAGAAGCCUUGGUCUGGGGGUACGCCUUCGCCUUUGGGAUAUUUCAAGAUUACUAUACCACGCACAAACCCUUUGAAGGAUCUAAUAACAUUGCCAUCAUUGGUACAUGCGCUAUGGGACUUGCAUACCUUGGUGCUCCACUAGCGAUUGUCACGAUGAUUCUAGUGCCUCGUCUCGCACGAUGGGUUUCGACAACAGGUGUUGUGAUCAUGUGUCUUUCAUUGGCACUGAGCUCUUUUGCAUCAAACGUUACCCAUUUGAUCUUAUCCCAAGGUGUUGGCUUCGGACUGGGUGGCUGUAUGGCUUAUACGCCAUCUAUUCUUUACAUGUCUGAAUGGUUUGUGGAGCGUCGAGGGUUAGCCUUUGGAUUUGUCUGGGCUGGUUCCGGUAUUUCAGGCGUUAUCUUUCCAUUGGUAAUUGAAUGGUUGCUUGGAAAGUAUGGAAUAGAAGCGACACUACAAAUUUCAGCAGUGGCUCUCUUCAUUCUUGCAGCUCCAUUCCUUUACUUCCACCGGCCUCGUCUUCCUCCCUCUGAAACCGUUUGCCAUGAAAGACUCAACUUCCGUUUUUUAUACAGCAAAAGAUACGUCAUCUAUCAGUUCGGAAAUACAAUUGAAGCGCUGGGGUUCUUUCUGCCAACAAUUUACCUUCCAUCGCAGGCACGCAGCUUGGGGGCGAAUGAGUUCAUGUCAUCGCUCACAGUUACGCUCGUCAACCUCGCAUCCGUCUUCAGUUCGGUUAUCGCAGGCUUCUUGUCGGAUCGAUACCAUAUCACUACAUGUCUCUUCAUGUCCACGGUGGGCACUGUCCUUGCUGUGUUCUUUUUAUGGGGAUUUUCCUCUUCCAUACCUUGUCUAUAUGUGUUCUGUGUCGCAUAUGGUCUUCUAGCUGGUGGCUAUUCAUCAACUUGGGCUGGUAUCGCUGAAGACAUUCAACGAGCAUGCCCCGGCUCAGAUUCUACUGUGAUCUUUCCGUUCAUGGAAUUGGGUCGCGGUAUUGGCAACAUAGUCAGUGGACCACUCAGCGUGUCACUUCUCCAGGCCGAUACUAGAACAUGGGGAAAAUAUGGAAAUGGGUAUGGCGCUCUUAUUGUAUGCACAGGUGCCACAGCACUUGUCGGAGGAGUAUCAGUUGUUACACGGCAGUUGAACUGGUUGUAA